AUGCUUCACCAGCGCCAAGUGGCGUUGAUGUGUGUCAUUGCGAAGAGCCCGUCCGCAUUCACCGGCGGACCCGCCAGCGAUAACCUCCGCUUCACUCUUGGACUCUACCAGCUGUCCGAGGAAAAUAAUGCAAUGUUCGAACGACUAGUCAUUCUCUCCACGGCACGCAACAUUGACCAUCUCGUUGCCAACUUCGACGACUCUAUCCGAGCCCACCAGGACUUGGAACUCACGGCCAGCGUUGUCUCGGAGACUGAGUCUGCAAAGCUGAAUCUCAAGUGGCUGUUGGACGUCUCAAAAAAUCUCAAGAGUAGACUCGAGACUAUUAUCCGCAUCCUUGAAAAGCCCGAGUGGGCGGCAUGCUAG